AUGAGUAAAAAACUAUCAAUUCUGUGCUUCGGCAACUCCCUGACGGCAGGAUACUAUCAUUUCGGACUUGAAUACCAUCCAUACGCAUGGAAAUUAGAAUCACGGCUUAAAUCUGCGUUGCCAUCCCACACCAUCCGGGUAGACGUGGAGGGGCUCCCAGGGGACAAGGUAAUCUGUCCCCCGGGGUGCUUCUUGCCUCGACUUCAGCAAAUGUGCGCAAAGACCUCCUAUGAUUGGGUGAUAAUCCUUGGUGGGACAAACGAUCUUGGAUAUGGGUAUCAAUGCUCUAAGAUUUUCUCGGCACUGAAAGAUGCCUGGGAAGUGGCUCUCAAUGCCGGAGCGCAUGUCUUGGCCUUGACUGUACCUGAAUGUUCUGCUGUAAACAAAAGACUGGACGCGUCUCGAGAGGAGCUGAACUCGAAGAUAUUAAGCCAUUCGUGUGAAAAAUUUCAUGCGUUUGACCUCCACAAGGAGGUGCCCUACCACAGCGCCACAGAGGAGUUGAAGGAGAAGCUAUGGGAUGACGGUCUUCAUAUGACUUCGGAUGGAUAUGAUUUGGUUGGUAACCUAGUUGGGGAUCAUUUGUUAGGACUACUUGGUUUGUGCGAUGGAGAAAUGUAA